CAGUACUCAUAAUCGUCUUUGCCAAUAUUUCUUUCAUCUUUAUUCUCUUGUCUCAUGCACAUGCCUCGACUUCAAGAAGACGGAAGCGGUCCAUUUCGUGGCUUUUUGUUGUCGACCGUAGGUUCAGGCCGACCGACAGCAACGGGUACAAUCCACGAACCCACUGGUUUAGACCUAGCCAUGAAACUCCACUACAUUAAGGCGGUUUAUAUUUACUCUGCCGAGAUUGCAAGUGAGUUAACCGUUAUGCACGUGAAAGGGACCUUUUUCCCAGUGUUCGCUCAAAUCCCAUGGAUCACUGGCAGGUUAAGGCGUAGCGGUUCGGGACGUCCGUUCAUAAAGUGUAACGACUCCGGCGCGCGUUUUGUUGAAAGUCAGUGCGAAAUCACAGUGGAUGAGUGGCUACGUGUACCAGACCGGUGCGUUGAUGAGUCUUUAGUGUACCAUCAACCAGUUGGACCGGAGUUGGCAUACUCUCCUUUUAUAUAUAUUCAGAUGACCCGGUUUAAGUGCGGUGGAUUAGCAAUAGGCUUGAGCUGGGCUCAUAUCAUUGGAGACCCAUUCUCUCUUUCAGACUUCUUCAACUUAUGGACUCGGGGCUUAGCUGGUGAAGAAAUCUACUCCACCAAAACCUCUGACUCGAGAAGAGGCGUCCCAAAGCCGAAUUCCAGGGGAAAAGAACCAGUUUCCAUAAAACGGGUUGACCCGGUUGGAGACCUUUGGAUCGCUCCGAAUAACGACAAAAUGACAACAUACUCUUUCAACAUAACGGUCAAGAAUAUAAAAACAAACUUUCGGGCGAACGGAGAUGUGUUCGAGAUUCUCAGUGGGAUGAUAUGGAAAUGCAUAGCGAAGGCGAGGGGAGAACCGGAGCCGGUUACGAUCACGGUCAUCAGAUCUGAUCCGAACGGACUGAAACCUAGAGCGGUGAGAAACAGUCAGAUGAUUAGCUCCGUUCAGGUCGAUUUUUCUAUCGCAGAGGCGAAAUUGGAGGAGAUUGUUCAAUCUAUCGGAGAGGCGAAGGAUGAGAGGUCUGAGAUCGAUGAGAAAGAUGAUGGUGUUUUGGAUUUCGUCGUCUACGGAGCGAAAUUGACGUUUGUGGAUCUAAGCGAAGUUAAUUUCUACGAGGCCAAAAUAAAGGAGACGUCGCCGGUGUCGGUGUACUGUAAUGUUCAGGGGAUAGGAGAUGAGGGAGCUGUAGUGGUGUUGCCGGCGCUGGAUAGAGAGGAGAGGCUUGUGAUGGUGACGUUGCCAGAGGAUGAGAUUGACAAGGUAAAGUGUGAACUAAGGGAGUGGGGUUUAAUCACGCCAUUACUUAACGGAGAAUGAACAAAAAAAGCGGUGUUCUAUAUAUCUCGUUGUUGUUUUUCUCUAUAAAAUGUGUUUACGUUGCUUUGUAAUAUCAAUUAUGCUACGGAUGACGAAUUUGUAUGAAGAUUGAAAUAAGUAAAACAGGUUGUAAUGAUGUUUGUUCGAAUGUUAUAUGGUAAGAUAAUGC